AUGAAGAAAAAAUUGCCAAUAGUUGAAUGGUUACCGCAAUACAACGUUACGACUCUUAUACAAGAUAUUAUUGCUGGAAUCACUGUCGGUUUGACGGCUAUACCUCAAGGGAUUGCAUAUGCUGUCGUAGCAGGACUAUCACCCGAAUAUGGACUGUAUGCAGGUUUGCUGGGAGGUUUCGUAUAUUUAUUCUUCGGUAGCUGUAAAGAUAUUACAAUUGGACCAACAGCAAUAGUAUCUACAAUGACCGCAAAAUAUGUUACUGAAUAUUCAUCUGAUUUUGCAGUAUUAGCAGCCUUUUUAUCUGGCUUAGUAGAAUUAGCUAUGGGAGUUUUACAUCUUGGUUUUAUUCUGGAAUUCAUAUCACAACCUGUUAUUACUGGAUUUACGAAUGCUGCCGCUCUUCAAAUUGCAUCGUCUCAACUUAAAGCGCUACUGGGAUUAAAUGGAUCAGCCGGGCACGUUUUCUACGAAUCUAUUAUUAAUUUUUUCCAAAAUAUAACAACUGUACAACUUUGGGACUCUGUUCUUGGAAUCACUACGAUUAUCACCCUAUUUCUUCUUAAAAGUUUGGGAAAAGGAUGUACUCGAACCGACGGUUUCACAAAAUGUUUGAAAUGGUUUAUUUCAUUAGGUCGAAACGCUAUUGUUGUUAUUUUGGGCAUCAUUAUUGCUUAUUCCUUAAAAGCAUCUAAAGGUACUGAACCUUUUACUUUGAUAGGAGACAUAGGCAGUGGAUUACCAUCAAUUCGACUGCCACCAUUUAGUACUACAGUUGGAAAUGAAACCUAUACCUUUACAGAUAUGAUACAAGUAUUGGGACCACAAUCGAUAGUUUUACCUUUAGUAUCAAUAUUAGAAUCUGUAGCUAUAGCUAAAGCUUUUGCAGGAAAUAGGCCAGUUGAUGCAACGCAGGAAAUGAUGGCCAUAGGGCUUUGCAAUAUUGUUGGAUCAUUCAUAAGAAGCAUGCCUGUAACUGGUUCGUUUACUAGAACAGCAAUAAAUCAUGCUUCAGGUGUGCAAACUCCAGCUGGAGGUAUAUUCACGGGCUUAUUAAUUUUGUUAGCAUUAAGUCUUUUGACUUCAACAUUUUAUUAUAUUCCAAAAGCAACUUUGGCAGGUUUGAUUAUUACAGCCAUGUUUUCAAUGAUGGAAUAUACUAUAUUUAUUAGACUUUGGAAGAAUAGUAAAAGAGAACUUGUUGUUUUGACAACAACUAUCACAGUUAGCCUCAUAGUAGGUUUGGAGUAUGGUAUUAUUACAGGAAUAUUAUUCGAAGCCAUUAUGUUGUUGUACGGAAAUUCUAGACCGAAACGUAAAUAUGCACGAUGGCUCUAUAGACGGCAGUACGGGUAUUACCCAUACCUGUAUCCAUCAUACUUCGUUGCGGGCAUGGUGGGAUUAGACACUUUGUCUCGUAGGCGUAAGAUGCUUCUACUGGCUCACUACAUUGCUGCGUUUCAUCAUAAGGUGGAUAAUAACAUUAUGUCCAAGGUAGACUUGCUGGUACCUGUGCGUGUGCCUUGGGGUGAUGAGGGUGCAGUGGCGCCGCGCCGUAGGCCGCGGCUUUUACACAAGCCCGUCACUCGCACGGAUCCUGUCCGGCUUAACGAGAAGCUAGACGUCCUAGGAACUGUAGUUAGACCUAAACUGAUAGUUGACUUUGAACAAGAUUGGACAGCUGUACUGAAAUGUCCUGGAUUUGAUAUGACGGUUGCUUUGAGCGACUGA